UCAUAUGAACAGAGGUAAAAAACGAAAGCUAAAAAUUGACACCUGGAAGCAGACUGUAAGAAAACAUCAGAGGGAUGCAGGAGAAGCAUACAUUUCAUCGAGAAACGUACCUAAGGCUGCGUUAAGCCAGCCAGAAGAGGAGAAAUACCCCGAUGCAAAUAAUAUUUCCUUUAGGGUUUAUCACGACAUUUUCAAGAGCAAGUUCAAUCUGCGAUUUGGUCUACCAAGAUCUGACACAUGUUCGUAUUGUGACAAGCUGUUUAUGAAACUUUGUUCAACUGAUGACGCUAAUGAAAAGAAAAAAAUAGAAAUCGAGAGUGAGAUCCACCAUAGAAAGCUGUAA